AUGUCUAAACUCUUCAACAUCCAAUUAUUUAUUUUAAUUUUAUCUGCUGAUUUAAUUUAUUCAGCUGUUUUACACCCUCGACUAAGACGUAUCCGGAAUCAUGAAAUUAACAAAUCUAUUCACUUAAAUGGUGCAGAUGAAAAUGAAUUAAAUCGGCAAGAAAUUCAAUUAUCUUCUACCAACGAUGAUUCAUCUUCUUUAGUUAAUCGCCUUAUCUCCUCCCUCACAGCUUCUGGAGAGAAUAUUGAAUUAAUUAUACAAAACCCGAUAAAUGACCAACAACAAGAAGAAAUUAAAAAACGAAAAAGGAAUGACUGCUUUUUCAGUUUGGUUAAUUGCCGGUUAGUCCAAACAACGAGUAUUUCGAGAACAUUGGAAAGGAUACAAUCGGAAAUUAAAAACAAUUCAAAACAAAGAAGGGAACACAAAAGAAGAUCGAGGAAAUUAAUUAAAACUAAACUUUAAUAUUUAUUGGACUGAACUAUGUAGUGAUUAUUUAAUUAUUUAUCCCAAAUUUCAAUUAGCACAUUAUUUAGUUAAUAUAUUUAGUUUUUAUUUUUUUAUUAUUUUUUAGCUAAAAUGUCUAUAAAAUUUUUAAACUUUUAUUUAAUUAUAUUUGCUUUCAAUGUAAAUACUUUAGUCCAAGUAUGUAUUUAUUUUCUUAAAGUCCAGACAAACAUUUCCGCAUUGGCAAAGAAAAAAUAAAAAAAUCGUAGACGUAAUUAAUUAUCAAAGUACAACUUUAUUUUCCACAAAUCCCCCUCCCCCCUCCUCCCCUUCCCCUCACCUAACAAGAAAAACUUUGUUUAUAUGUACUGUAUUUUUUUUGAAAAUAUC